CAAGCGCGUAGAUUUCGUCUGCUUCAAAGUUUGAGGUGGUUACUGCUAUUAGGCAGCCUCACUAGGGUGAAGUUGGCUGAUUGAUCGGAGACUCUUGGGCGGAAAGGUCCUCCAAACUGAUCCCCCGCAACGGGGUGACCUGCGAUCCGCAACCGCCCAAUAAAUGACCUAACGACCACCAUAUCAGCACGAUAACAGCAGUGUCGUGCUCUACUCACCGCUGCCACCUCAACACCACCAUCUUUGUGCUCAAGUGACCUCUGAUCAUGGGUAUCGGCCAGGAAAUAUUGCCCUGAACGGCCCUCUCCAAUCUCAACCGCAAACCGGCGUCAAUCUCCUGUUUCCACGAAUACUCCCUCGUGACCGCUCAUUUAAACCAUACUACCUGUGUGAGCGUGUCAGACUCAAGUGCGACUGCUCAUUCACGGUACCUCUUUCCCCAUAAACAUGACGGACGGUUCGGCUUCGGGCAGCGGCAGCCGGCCUGGACAAUAUGGUGGCAACGUCCCCCGACGUCUCUCUUAUGCCUCUGUGGCGUCCGGGGCAACCUCCCAGAACCUCCCACCUCCGACUAGAUCGGGUGCCUUCUCACACCUCGCAAGUCCUCCUCCGAGCAGCUCAUAUCCUCCUCAUUAUCAGACAGAAUCGCACCUCCAAAGGCGUCAUUCAGGUCAGGAGCACGACUCGCCGAAUAGCCCGUUCUCGCGGAAACCGGCAUCUUUACCCGCGUAUUCACGAAAGUUCGCAAACCUCUCGGCGCUGGAAUCAGGUAUCAUGCCUACGAAUCCAUUCUUCGUGCCGUCUUACCUGCGGGCAUCGAGAUAUGUGGCAAAAUUGGAAGCUGCACACAAGGCCAAGGUGAAGAGAGAACGAGAGCAGCCUUCAGGAGGGUCUUCUGCCAGCAACGCAUUAUCGACAAGUGCUGGGAGUACAAACGUGCAUCGUAUAACGCCGUCACAUCGUGGUAUGACCUACGAUGUCGUGGAGAGCAACCCACCCAAAGAGGAAGAGCAAUUGAUGCCACUACCAUCUCGGUGGAGCGAGCAAGACAAAUAUCCGGGACUCGAUGUUAUCAACGACGGUCAGGAUCUGAAGUACAGCGGGUCUCCCAGUAAGGCUGAAAUCGAGGCGGCUUCUGUUCGGGCAGACUUCCCCAUGUCGCCGGCUUGCGGAUUAUACUACUUUGAGGUGGAGAUUAAGCAUAAGAGCAAAGAUACAGCAAUUGCCAUUGGCUUUUCUACGGGGGAAGCAUCAUUAGAACGGUUGCCAGGCUGGGAGACUCACUCAUGGGGCUACCAUGGAGAUGACGGAAAGAUGUUCUUUGGAGAGCAUUCGGGUCGAAACUACGGACCAACAUUUGGUGCAGGGGAUGUCAUCGGGUGUGGUGUCAAUUUCAAUGCCGGCCAUGCAUUCUUCACCAAGAACGGACAAGACCUCGGCGUCUGCUUCAGAGAUUUGAAGAAGGAUAUCCGGCCAUUCCCAACGAUUGGUAUGAAGAAGCACUCGGGCGCAUUGGUGACUGCAAACUUUGGCCAGCGACCUUUUGUGUUUGACAUUGAUGACAAGAUGGAGAUGGAAAAGCACAACGUCUCCAAAGAUAUUGGAAAGGCGAAGGUGGCGCAGCUACCUACACAACAGGACGAGGGAACACUUAUUCAGGAAUUGGUUGCCCAGUUUUUGGCUCACGAUGGCUAUGUCGAGACAGCCAAAGCUUUCACUGACGAGAUCCGGCGAGAGAAGGAGUCUUUGAGCAAUGCUCUACCAGCAACUGCGACGGAGAUCUCAGAGAGGGACGAUACUGACGCAGUCCACCGGCAACGAAUACGGCGCGCCAUCCUCUCUGGAGACGUCGACCAAGCUCUGGAGGUAACACAUGCACAAUUUCCGACCGUACUUGCGCAAAACAUGGAGAUUGUAUUUCAACUGAAAUGUCAGAAAUGGGUCGAACUGAUUCGCAAAACGGUCGAGUUGAACACAGCCAGGUCGUCGUCAAACGACGAAUUUGCCCAGGAUAUGGAGCUCGAUGAGCAGUCGAACGGUGAAAGUCAAUCCAACAGGCAGGGCAAGUCAUCGGUGGAUGGGAAUGUCCUGCAGUACGACCAACUCAUGCAGGAGGUCAUGCAGUAUGGUCAAGAAUUGCAAAGAGAAUACCCAGGCCAAGAGGGAGAUCAUACGAAAGCAUUGAACGAUAUAUUCAGUCUGAUAGCAUAUCCCGAUCCGAAAGACAGCGUCAACGGACAUCUUCUGGACCCUUCUGGACGAGUGACGGUGGCGGAGGAGCUCAACUCUGCCAUUCUAGUCUCACUGGGCAGAUCACCAUCUGCUGCACUGGAAAAAACGUGGAAGCAGACCGAGGCAUUGAUUGAUAUACUCGAGGAAGAUGGUGGGCCUGCCGCUUUUGUCAAUCUACAAGCAACAUUCAAUUCUUGAGAGGAGGGUGAAUGUGUGCCCUUCUGUCUGGACGAUACCUUCGCAAUAGAACCGCAACCCCGUCAUGACCCUGAUACCGUGAUUGUUUGAGACAGCGGCAGGAAUUUACUCAGAUCAGCCGUGACUUUGAACGGCAUGCACUUUAUGGUGUCAUUGGACUGUAUCCUCUUUUUCAUUGUUUGGCGCAUCAAUGGGGAGCAUGAAAUAGGCUUGCGGGAUAGAGAGGAGAGACUGGCGUUGAACAUAUGGGCAUCUGGCGUGUACGCACGCACAUAUAGAGUAUGGAUCCUCUCAAUCUUAUGUUACACGCAGAUACGGGCUGGGCGAUGGCGCAUGGCGUUUUGAGAAAUGAAACCCCGAUUAUCUAUGAAGAU